AUGAAUAUUUACUUGAGCAUUUCCAUUAAUUUGUUGAUUGGAUCAGAUUCUAUAAUCAGUCUCUCAUUGACAAAUUCAAACACCAAUUAUAUAUUAGCAGGAAUAAGAUGCUCAAUAGCUUUAUUGUGUGUAAUUUGUCAUCUUCUAAUCUAUAAAAAAUUUAAACCUUCAGUAUUUACCCUCUGCUAAUAACUAAUACAUUAAAUAUAAAUGAGUUUAGAAAUCAGGUAAGCUUUUUCAAGUUUAGAUUCUUAUCGAUUUUAUAUCUAUUUGCUACUGUUAUAUUAAGAACAAUCAAAUUAAUAACACAAAUAUUUGCAAUAUACUUCAAUAGUUUAUUGUAUGAUACAAAUUCAAAUCAAUAAUAACUUUAUACAUCAAUACAUCUUAACAACCUUAAUUUUAAUUUUAAUAAUCCUGAUUAAAUUGUUGAGUUUAAAAUAAAUAAAUCACAAAUAAGCUACUUCACAUGAAGUAUUACAUUCUUAUAUUACAGUACCUGCAGAAUAGAUUAUGACAAAUAGAAAAAUAGAUUUAAUGUAAAAAGAUGAAUUAAUUUGCAUAACAAAUCAAAUUAAAUAAGGAAUAAUAUAUUUAUCAUAAUCUUUAGACCUUUUAUACAUCAAUCAUAAAGCAUCUAAGAUUUUAACAGCUUAAACUGAUGAUUAAGCAAUGUUAUAAUUCUAAAAAUUUAUAUUACAGUAAAUCUAUAUACAAAUUUUAGAGGUUUAGAAUAAGAAGAAUCUUUAACUAAGUAACAUAAAGAAAUUCAAUGUCUUACAUCAUAAAAACAAUUACCACAGAAGGCUGAUAGUAAAAUGAUAGAAUCUAUAAUUGCAUCAGCAGAAUAACAAUUUAAGAGAUAUUCAUCCCUUAGUGAGAAGUUAUUAGAGUAGUAAUUCAAAUAUAAAAAACAAAAAACCAAUCUUUUAUCAAAACAUGAUUUUAAAUAGUUGCUUUUAUCACUUUUUAAUGAAUCAUAAAUUUCUUCUCUGUAAGUAUUUCUGUUACUGUAGUUUAGAACAUAGGAGUUUUGUCAAAGCUAAUAAAUUAAUAGUUCAUUUCAAUAUUAAUAAUCAUGA